AUGACUUUGCUCGAAACGAGUCAACCACACCCAGAUCCGCAAGCCACAUCCCUCUUGGUCAAAACUUCGCUCACCACCAAGACAGAAGAUCAUGGAUUCACGUGCAGACUUUGUUCUGGGAGCGUCAGUGAUGAGGAUAUGCAGGUCUAUGCCGAGAAGGCGAUUUAUGAUGAUCCGCGGAGUUACUGCGAUACGAGAUAUAAAAUUGCUGGGCAGUGGUAUUCCGCGUCCCGAACACUUGCCACCGAAGUUGUGUCCCCCACAAACAAAGAGAUCAUUUUCAAGUUACGGCAAGGACAAAGACCCAAACUCAUUCCAACUGAAAAAAUAGCCAACAGCCUGGUGAGCUCGGCACUGGAAAAGGUGGGCGGGGAGGAACAAGUGGUUUAUCACAAAGAUAUGUGGAAUGAGAAAGAUUGCAGCCACGAGGGGCUGGGAAAGGUGUUCUAGACAUUGAAUGGAGACCACCUAAUAAAGAUCACUCAGCCGCCGGAG